AUUGAAACGAAGGGUUGACGAAUGAAGUGAAGAGAGAGGAGGGUGAAGUUAUCAAAUACCGAUCCCGAAUUCAAUUUGGUUGACAGUUAGAGAGAGAAAGAGGCACACAAAACCAUAUCCUAAUUCCACGCUUUAUGCACUCUUCUUCUUACCUUCGUUUUCUUUUGUUGCAAUUUGCAUAGCAGUUAGUUUCCAAAGUCAGUGAGAGAGAGAGAGAGAGAGAGAGAGAAAGAGAAAAUGGAGAAUGAAACGCAAAGUGGUGCCAAAGAUGAGGUGUUAUCAGUUGAGCUUUCAGCUCCUCCUGCUUGGAAGAAACUGUUCUUCCCUAAGAAAGUAGGAACACCAAGAAAAAGUGAGAUCGUAUUCAUAGCUCCUACCGGUGAAGAGAUCAGUUCCCGAAAACAAUUAGAGCAGUAUUUGAAGGCACAUCCUGGGAAUCCUCCAGUCGCAGAGUUUGAUUGGGGAACUGGUGAGACCCCUAGGCGAUCAGCGAGGAUUAGUGAGAAGGUCAAAUCGACACCACCUGCAGAGUCCGAGACUCCUAAGAAGCGCCCUCGAAAAUCAUCAGGUUCAAAGAAAGAUAACAAAGAAACUGAGUCUGCUGCUGAGGAAUCCAAGGAUGAUGCUAAGGACACAGAUAAUAACAAUGAAACAAAGACUGAUGCAGAGGAAAUUAAGAAUGGUAACGCUGAAGGGGUUAACGCGGCUCAGGGCGAAGAAACAUUGUUGGCAGAGUCAGGGGAGAAAGUAGCUGGGGAAGCUUUGAAUGCUGUGGUCACUGAAAAAUCCGAAGGGGAGACACCGAUGGAAACAGAAAAAGAAAAUGGCACAGUUGACAGUGAGCAGGGUAAAUCAGGUACUGUGAUUGUUGAGGCAAAUGGUGGAGGUGAAGAGAUGAAUGAUAAGAAAGAAAACGCAGUAAGUGAUGGAAAAAACUCAAUUCAAGCUGAGGAACAAGUAAAUAAAAUGGUUGACAAUGGACAAGUUAUUUGGAGCUGUGCUCAGUGAAAAUCCUUCAUAUCAUCGUAGUGUAAACUGCUGAAAUGUACUUCACUAAUAGCUAAUGCUCUUGACUUUUGUAAUGUUAUUGGAGUUGCUGUAGUUAUAAUGUGCUUCCUGGAUGACUGUAGUCUCGUAUUAUGCCUUCAGAUUUGGAUGUAUUUAGGAAAUUGAACGCUCCCCUCCUAGAUUAGAUCAUUUUGCUUUUGCAUAGUGCAGUUCUAAACCAAGAUUGUUGUCUUUUUUUACACAUUUGUGUUAGGUUUUUUCUUUUUUAUUUUGCCGGAUUUCUUGACUCAGAUUUUGAAUCAUCUUUUUAAGCUCCUGAAGGAUAAAGUAAAUCCAGGAUUUUAAUCUGUAUUUGACGUUUUCUUAUUAGGAAAAAGUGUGGUGUUCAAUAAGUUGCGUUCUUUGUUCUGCAUUCCUCAAUCAUAAAAAUACCCACGUGUAUGGCAUAGGUAAAGUGAUCUCAACUUUGGGUGAAAAAAAGAACUGAACUUCUAUAAAACUGGGGUACUCUGAAUUGAUUGU